UUUAGUAACAGCAUCUUCCAGUGGCGACAAAAUAGUUGUCUCAAGUUGCAAAUGUAAACCUGUUCCACUUUUAGAGCUUGCUGAAGGGGUAUCCAGUGGGAUUGACCUGAACUUCAGUUCUAACCCACAGAUGUUGGAGACUGGGACAGAGAGAACAUCUGCUAACAGUAGAAAUGGAGUUUGAGGCACUCUGUUUAACCUGACUUAAGCGAAAUCAAGGCAUAGAAUGUCCCUGGUCGAUAAAAGGCAGACUGAAGUCUUCAAGAGCAGGCAAAACAUCUUAACCAUCUUUGGAUCUUUGUAUCCUAAGAUGUUCAAAAAACACUUGUUAAUGUCAACGUCAAAACCACUUUAACUUCUACUCUACCACUAUAUAUAUGUACUACUGUUAUGCAUUAUGCCUUAGAAUCAGUGAAUCGGUGUUUGGGAGCCUUAUUUUUUAAGUAUAAAAAUAACAGAUGGUAUUUACAAGUGUUACAUAAUUCUAAGAGUUUUGUGAAUAUUCCAAAUUAGUUGCUAUGAUUCUUAGCCCUCUUUCCCAUAGUUAACAAAUCAUAUCAUAAUGCUGAUAAAUAAAAGUAAGAUUAGUUGAGUUCAAAUUUUCAGUCUGUUUUAAUUUAGCUAUAAAAAUAUUUGCAAACAUUGGUUUUUUAGCUUUUACUAGUAAUGUUUAAAGUAACAUAUUUAUGUGCUAAUAACCUUUUUGUAACUUCCAAAUCCUCUUACUCGUGUAUUGUUUGAGGCAUUAGACCUUUUCUACUUGAGAAAAUAAAUUAUGAUCCUACUCAUUUAAAAAUUUUAGAGUGGAACUUUAAAUUCAUAUUUAUUUUCUUUGAUUUUGUAUUUCACCUCUUUAAAGUAGAAUGUACCUUUGCCUUGCACCUUGAGCAGUACAGGAUUCCUGUAAUAACCACACAAUUUCCAUUAAUUAUUUAAGUUCAUUAGUUGCAUUAAUAAUACACUAUCAUUAAAAAAGACCUAUCAUCAGGGUUAGCCAGCUCUAAAUAUAAGUUUUAUUUUGAGCCCUUAAGAGUAAUUGUAGUUGUUGUGAUGAUUGGAGUCCCAAUACAUUGAUCUUCAGUGGACACCAUCUUUUUCUAUUUUAUUUAAAGGCUGUUUUGAUAGUUCUUAGCAAAUUCUCCUGAUUUGCAGUGACAACCAGAUUUUAAAUCUUCUUAGUCUCCCUCCACCAAAGUCAAUUCCUAGAAUGGUAUUUGCAGGAGAAUUAUAGCAACUGUACUGAAACAUUGAUGUUGUGUGCAUCUUGCUAUUUUUAUAUGUUAGUUGAUACUCUUGGUCAAAAUUUCAGAGCUAGAAGGAACCCUGGAGUCCACAGAAGUGAACACAAAUCUAUUUGAUUUCCUUGAAGCAUUUUUGACCCCCUUAAAAGCUGCUGGAUCCAUGUGGAAGAAAGACAGUGAGAGAGUGGCUCUUUAGUACAAGAUUAGCAUGUUUAUAGUACUUAAACAUGCAGUGGGGGAGAAGGGCUAGAGGAAGGGGACCAUCUGUACCCUUUAAAGAAUCUCUUUCGAGCAGAGGAUAUUUCUGAGAAGCAUAGACUCUCAAAGUAAGAACAGUAGAUCUCGUCUUCAAACCUUUCGUUUCUCAAAUGCAGAAACACAGGCUCAGAAAGGUGAGAUGAUUUUGCCUAAACCUACAUAGCUUGCCUUUUAACUUUUAGCGAAGUCAUAAAAUGUCCCCUUUGAAUUUGAAGAAUCCAAGGAUGCACUGUGGAAGUUACAACUAAUGUAGCUUGGUAGUGCAUCUGAAGGUUACAUAGGAAAAAAAUGCACCAUUGUGUUCUGUGUAGCGUAGUUACUGAUGGCACCACCAGAUUGGUGACACUCAAAGAUACUCAUUGAGAAGAACUUGAUAACAUCUGUAUUUUAGCCAUUCUAUAAAGAUCGAGCAUGGAUAUAGCUUUGUGCUAGUGAAACUGACAUUCUGGCAAGGGACAGGCAGUAAACUAGUAAACAAAAAAUACCCAGAUAUUGAUAAGUUAUCAUGCGGAUAACUAAAAUAAGAUAUUGCAGUAGCAAGUUACAUUAAGUAGCCAGUGGAGUUCCCUUGAAGUGUGGUGGCUCUUAAGUUGAUCUGUUGACCAGAAGGUCUUCCAAACAAGGUUCAGAGAAUUUAGCUUUCUAGGCAAGGAGAAUAGCUGUGUAGAAGCCUUGAGGCAAAUAUAGGGUUGUAUAUUUAAGGAAUGGAAGGUCAGUAUGGCUGGAGAAUUAGUGGAUGAGGAAGAAAAUUGUAACAGAUGACGUAGGGCCCAGAUAAUAGGACUUCAAAAGCCAGGUAAAUGUUUGGAGUUUAUUCGUGGUGUGAUUGGAAGCCGUUGAAGAUUUUUAAACAGGAAGGAGACAUGAUCUGAUUUACAUUUGUAAAGUCCACCCUACUUAUGAAGAACAGAAUAUAGGAAAGCAGGAGUGGAAACAGGGAAACCAGUUAGGAAGCUGCUGUCGUAGUUUGGCAAGGUUUGGGUUAGUGUUAGUAGUAGCUAUAGAUAAAGGGAGCCCAUGUGGGAUUCAUUUUUGGGUUGGAGUUUAGAGAGCUUACUGAUAGAUUGGAGGGGAGGGAGAACAAGAAAUCAAGGGUUAUUCUGGGUUUUUGUCUUGAGAAACUGGAUGGUGUCUUUACAGAGAUGGGGAGCAAGUGAGGUUGGACUUUGAUGACCUGAUGUCUGAGACUUGGUCUCCUUAACAGGGGGAUUUGCUGGGAGACUUAGGCAAAAGCAGACAUGUGUCAACUUAAAUUCUACAUCUAUGUAUUUAGUAAGCGGAGGCCUAAAUAACAUUGUUAAUAUUUGGGAUUUAAAAUCAAAAAGAAUUCAUCGAUCUCUUAAGGAUCAUAAAGAUGAAGUAACUUGUGUAACAUACAAUUGGAAUGAUUGCUACAUUGCUUCUGGAUCUCUUAGUGGUGAAAUUAUUUUGCACAGUGUAACCACUAAUUUAUCUAGUACUCCUUUUGGCCAUGGUAGUAACCAGUCUGUUCGGCAGUUGAAGUACUCCUUGUUUAAGAAAUCACUACUGGGCAGUGUUUCGGAUAAUGGAAUAGUAACUCUCUGGGAUGUAAAUAGUCAGAAUCCAUACCAUAACUUUGACAGUGUACACAAAGCUCCAGCUUCAGGCAUCUGUUUUUCUCCUGUCAAUGAAUUGCUCUUUGUAACCAUAGGCUUGGAUAAAAGAAUCAUCCUCUAUGACACUUCAAGUAAGAAGCUGGUGAAAACUUUAGUGGCUGACACUCCUCUAACUGCAGUAGAUUUCAUGCCUGAUGGAGCCACUUUGGCUAUUGGAUCUUCCCGGGGGAAAAUAUAUCAAUAUGAUUUAAGAAUGUUGAAAUCACCAGUUAAGACCAUCAGUGCUCACAAGACAUCUGUGCAAUGUAUAGCAUUUCAGUACUCCACUGUUCUUACUAAGUCAAGUUUAAAUAAAGGCUGUUCAAAUAAGCCCACAACAGUGAACAAACGAAGUGUUAAUGUGAACGCUGCUAGUGGAGGAGUUCAGAAUUCCGGAAUUGUCAGAGAAGCACCCGCCACGUCCAUUGCCACAGUUCUACCACAGCCUAUGACGUCAGCUGUGGGGAAAGGAACAGUUGCUGUUCAAGAAAAAGCAGGUUUACCUCGAAGCAUAAACACAGACGCUUUAUCUAAGGAAACAGACAGUGGAAAAAAUCAGGAUUUCUCCAGCCUUGAUGAUACUGGGAAAAGUAGUUUAGGUGACAUGUUCUCACCUAUUAGAGAUGAUGCUGUAGUUAACAUCAAGGGAGGUGAUGAGUCCAUAGGCAAAGGAGAUGGCUUUGACUUUCUACCGCAGUUGAACUCAGUGUUUCCUCCAAGAAAGAAUCCAGUAACUUCAAGUACUUCACUAUUGCAUUCUAGUCCUCUUAAUGUCUUUAUGGGAUCUCCAGGGAAAGAGGAAAGUGAAAAUCAUGAUCUGACAGCUGAGUCUAAGAAAAUAUAUAUGGGAAAACAGGAAUCUAAAGACUCCUUCAAACAGUUAGCAAAGUUGGUCACAUCUGGUGCUGAAAGUGGAAACCUAAAUACCUCUCCAUCAUCUAACCAAACAAGAAAUUCUGAGAAAUUUGAAAAGCCAGAGAAUGAAAUUGAAGCCCAGUUGAUAUGUGAACCCCCAAUCAAUAGAUCCUCAACUCCAAAUCCAAAGAUAGCAUCCUCUGUCACUGCUGGAGUUGCCAGUUCACUCUCAGAAAAAAUAGCCGAUACCAUUGGAAAUAACCGGCAAAAUGCACCAUUGACUUCCAUUCAAAUUCGUUUCAUUCAGAACAUGAUACAGGAAACGUUGGAUGACUUUAGAGAAGCAUGCCAUAGGGACAUUGUGAAUUUGCAAGUGGAAAUGAUUAAACAGUUUCAUAUGCAACUGAAUGAAAUGCAUUCUUUGCUGGAAAGAUACUCAGUGAAUGAAGGUUUAGUGGCUGAAAUUGAAAGACUACGAGAAGAAAACAAAAGACUACGGGCCCACUUUUGAAGUUUCAGUGAAUACCUUAAUGUUCUAUAAUUUGGGAAGUUUCAGGCAACACGGAACUACAUAGAAUCAGUAUUGUUUUCAUGGCUUCCAGGGAAAAAAAUUUUUUCAAGUAAAAGUGUGAUGGGAUUUUAUACCAACCACUGUUUCAUCUUAAAAAUAUGUAUAUUUUUAUAUUAAAAAUUGUACAGUAUGUCAUCUACCCAAUAGGAAGGUCAACAGGAUCUUUAUUUUUUUGAAAGCUUUAGCCAUCCACUAAGUGCCCUUUUUAAGAGAAGAAAAUUGUGCAUAAAUAUUGGUUGUGUUUAUUUUUUAGUCAUCUUUUUUUUUAACAUAUAUUUUUUAUUGACAAAUUGCCUUUCAAAUUUUUGGGGCUAGUUGAGAUUUAAAGACUUUGAUAUGCCUUCUAUUUUUAUGGAGAAAGUAAUUUUAAAAUGGCAAUUGGUGUUUCUAAGCCACUGAUUAAUAAAGCAUAGGGUUGGCUAGUAAUUAUUUCGUUAACUUGAUGAAGUCAAGUAUGACUAUUAUUUAUUGUAUAUUUGAUAAGACAAUUUUUGGAAUUUUGAAUUGCACAAAUUACAUGAUAUCUUUUGCAUUUAUGUUACUAUAUUGUACUUCUGACAAAUCUUUAUUCCUGGGUGGUAUUUUUUAGAUAUCUUUACCUAUAAUAAUUUAAGAUUCAUAGGACUCGACAAGAGCUAUCUAUCUGCUGAUUAUCUCAUUAGUAAUAUGCAACAUUGUACUGUAAAAUUUCAAUCAAUAUGACAACUUAUAAUGAGUGGAGAUUUCAUAUUAGACACUAAAUAUUAUAGUAUUAUUGCUAUUUUGUUUUUCCAAGUAAGAAGUAUGGUUUAUUUUAUUUUGUGGUCUUUAUCAUUAACUUUAAUUCUUUCUGUACUGUGUAUAAUAUUUUUAUAUUACUGGCCUUACCAUAAAAUUAUUUAGAAAGGUUGUCAGAAUAAUUUAUACCUCUUUGGCAAUAGACAGAUGUAUACAUCUACCUACCGUGAUCUACAAUUUUAGAUUAAGUGAAGCUUGGGAGGGCUACUGACUUGUUUACCUUCUUGUUGUCUCUUGUCCCAAAGAUUUAAACUAUGUAUCUUUGUAUAGCUCUCCUGCCCCAUUUUGACUUCUGAGAUGAAAGUAUGUACUAAAAUUUAAAAAAAAAGAAAAAACUUUAGGUUACUAACUUUAUGGGUUUCUGAAGUGAUGGAAAUUUUCAAGGAUAUAUUUAAUAAGCAUAAACUUACUAAUAAUCACUUCCAAAAAUAAAAACAGGAAUAUUACUUUUACCCAGUGUGGUUUCUAGAAUACAUUUGUACUGAAGCAUAUAGGGAUGUUAAUGUAAUCUUUUCCUGACAGAUUAUGAAAGCAUUAUGACUUGUAACAAGUUUACUUGUAUAUCACUAUCUAACAGGUUUAGAAGACAUAAACGUUAGUGUGUUUUGCCUACAUGAUGUAUUUAAAUCUAUUAAUAUUUUCCUAUUGCUUUUUUUGAAAAAUAAAUGCACAUAAUGUCUAUUAAAAGAGGUGGGAUAAAAUAAUUUUAGUAAUUAUGUGUACAAAUGAAACAUGUUUGUCAUGGAAUUUAAAAGCUAAGUAAGUAUAAAAAAUAAAAUUUUAGAUGCA